AUGGAAACUAACACAGAAAAAGAACAAAAACAAAAACAACGAAGAAAGGAUGAGAUUGGAUCCUCAUCCGAGGACGAACUUCUCGCCUCUAGUCAAGAGACGGUAGUGAGUCCUUCAGGUAGUGGGAAUGAAAGACAUAGCACUCUCCUACCCUCAAAAAGCCCGACAAAUACUCCUCAAUCCGACGCCAAGGCUGGCGACAAUUCGAGGAAAAAAGGCCAAAAAGGAAAAAUUGCCAAGAAUGCUGCUAAUGGUACACCUCAUGAACGCGAUGAAGAUGAUCGCGUCAAAUAUCAAGCUGUGGUGGAUGAGUACCAAAAGUUUUUGGAGACCGCCCCCAGCACAUCCAAAAUGGCUGCUGAAACCGAAAGGUCCAAGCGAAACCGCUCACAGGUUGAGGAUGGUAAAUCGCCAAAAAGGAGGAAGGUAAUAGAAGGCAAAACCACUCCGGGACCUGUAGCCAUCACGACAACUGCCAGAAGACCAUUUAACGAAGUGGUGAAGGACCACCUCCUAAUGGCUCUGGUUACUGAAAAAGAUGGGGCCAUCAACCCUGUAGUAACAGAAUGGGGUGCCAUUGAGUCUAAAUUAACUGAGCUCGUUAUGGAACACUUGCUCACUAACAAAGACGACAAGGUACCCCGUUUUGACUCCAGUGAGAUUCACCGGGGAUACAGGGUGAUCAAAUGCCUGGACGAAUUCUCAAAGGGGUUCCUCAACAAAUGCAUCACUAAGAUUAGAGAUGCAUGGGUAGGUUUAAGCCUUAAACUAAUCCCUGCUGAGGAAAUUCCAAUGAGACCUCGUGCAAGAGUUUGGUUACCAAAGAUGAGCGCCGAAGCACCCAAGAUGUUGGAAUGCCUCAAACGGCAGAAUCCCAACAUACACAUGAAUGACUGGGCUAUCAUCCGCACAGAACAAGGCGAAGGGCACACAUGUCUAAUUCUCGCCAUCACAGAAGCUGGCUCCGUUGAGCUGGAGAAGGUGGGCUUUAGGCUGUUCUUUGGGGUGAGGGGCGCCAAAGUAAAGGUGUUCCGGCCGACAAAAUCGGGGAGUGAAGAGACGGAUGAGAUGGAAGCUGCCAACUCUCUGCUCACUGGCAUGAAACUCUCCGAGCCACCUAUUAAACCUGACAAUGGCACUAAAGAUAGUGCAAAUUAA